AGUUUUACCAGCGAGCGAUAUAGACGCGAGGUCCCUCGAUCGCGGCGGCAGUUAUUAACUCAUCAACGGUUUCGAACGAAAUAUGCCACAGCACAGCUUUGGAUGUUUUUUCAAGUGGUUCUAUGUGGUACUGAUUGUGCAGACUUUGCUGUGCAUUGGACAGCUCGAGUGUCGUCAGCAUCAGCAUCGAAACAACAACAACAACAACAAUAACAACAAUAGACGAUCAGGAGAUUAUGCAGACGGGGGCAGCUCCGAAGAGAAUCACAAUGCCAGCGAUGGAUUUGACUUUAUAGAGAACGAUAGCAGCGCCGCUGGCAGCUUUGGAAGCGGUACCCAUGGUCAUGGGCAUGGUAAUGGCAAUGCCAAUGGACAUGGUCAUGGAAAUGGACAGCGUCGUGGCCAGCGCAAGCGUCAGCAGAGCAACAACAAUCGCCACAAUCGCAUGGAAGAAAAUGGCAUCUCAUUGUGGAUCAAUGAGCAGCAGCUCAAGAUGCUGAGUGCACUCUACUUUCCGCAGGGCUAUUCGGACCGCAUCUAUGCCAUUCACAACAGCCAGGUGUCUGACGAUUUGCGUGAUACCACGUUCUACAACUAUCUGGUGAUACCAUCCGAAGUAAAUUAUGUGAACUUUACCUGGAAAUCCGGCCGGCGCAAGUACUUCUAUGAUUUUGAUCGGCUUCAAACACUGGACGAUAGCAUCUUGAAGGCGCCCACGUUGUCCAUAAAUAAGAAGGGCCGUAUACCGCAGGAGCAGAAAAAUUUUAGCAUAUUCCUGCCCUGCACUGGAAACAGCUCGGGCACAGCAUUGUUCAAUGUUGGGCUAAAGAUACAAAACCGUAAGCACAGACCGCUCCCGGGCACACCCAUACGUCUCAACUUCAAAAAGGAAUGCGCACAUAGAGGUGUGUAUGAUAUAGACGCUUCCAACCCUACUUCACUAACAACUUUGCAAGCUCCCGAUCCAGAAUGCAGUUUGAAAUGCGGAGAGAACGGAUAUUGCAACGAGCAGCACAUCUGUAAGUGCAACGUCGGCUAUACGGGUCAGUAUUGUCAGACGGCCUUCUGCUUUCCCCAGUGCUUGAACGGCGGCAACUGCACGGCCCCAUCGGUCUGUACCUGUCGCGAAGGCUACCAAGGCACACAGUGCGAGGGAGGUAUUUGCAAGGAGAAGUGCUUAAAUGGAGGCAAAUGCAUACAAAAGGACACUUGCCAAUGCUCAAAGGGAUACUAUGGCCUGCACUGUGAAUAUUCCAAAUGCGUGAUUCCCUGUAAAAACGGUGGGCGAUGUAUUGGCAAUAAUAUGUGCCGGUGUCCGAACGGACUGCGCGGCGACCACUGUGAGAUCGGACGCCGACAGCGUUCCACCUGCAAGUGCAAGCAUGGCAUUUGUGUGAGCAAUAAAAAAUGCAAGUGCCUGCCCGGCUUCUAUGGGCGCCAUUGCCAUGGACGCAUUAAAACCUACACUCGCUGAUCGCUGCCGUUGCCCUGGGCACUCAAAUUCAUACCCACAUGUGACAUGUACCAUAAAAAAUUACACAAAAAAUAAUAAUUAUUAUAAACGACAACUACAACCACAGCUUUGCCGCCCCCGCAUCGGGCAUGGAUGGCCAAAACUAGGAAGCAACGAAUGCAAUGCAUUCGUGUCUUGUUUUUCAAUACGCUCUAUUGUAAUAUUAAACAUAUAAUCACGUCGUUUUAACUUUUUAUGAACUAUUCUUAUUUUUUUAAAAAUAAGGAAUGGAACGAAACAAAACAUAAUACUUAUUGUGAUACACAUUUUUUUGUAAUUUAAAAUUCUUAAAUAAAAACGGACUUAAGAAAACUGGCAAAA